GCUGUACGAUAAUCGCCUGUUACUGCAGUAAAUUCAUGGUUCGGUUGCCGUCACAGCCGUCGUGUCCCACUGAAAGAGGUUUACCCCAAUAUCGGACCCUUCGGUAUCCACCCGUAGCGUCUCACCGAGAAGCCCGGACACCUCUGUACUGUGCCCUGGCAGGACCGUGCGCGGCUGACUGCUCAGUCCGAAGAGGAGGUGGGGAGAUCCGGAGAGAUCCCGCGAUCUGUGGCACAUACCCCCGCUUGGGGCAGCCAGGGUCGGUACUCCCCGAGACAUGGUCGUGGGCUUGAGUGAGGAAGACGACUUGUGUUAGUGGGUUGUACGGAACGGGGAAGUGGAGGAGGUUUGAGGCAGGAGGUGCACAAAAUGGCGGAUAGGCUGCGACUCCUGACCGGCUGAGCCUUGGGACAGAGAGAGCGUUGGGACACAGAUCCGGUGGGCAUAAGGGCAAAGGCAACAGCAGAAGACUCAGAACAAGGCCGGAAACGGAUAGGCGGAGAGACGGUGGCUUCUUUAAAGAAAAAAAAAUGACUGUUCUCUGGGUUUGACGUCACUGUACAGUGAGGAGUCUUCGCUCAUAAUGUCCAGUUCGGGGUAUCCUAAUCAAGGUGCUUUCAGCACGGAGCAGAGUCGCUACUCGUCUCAUCCGGUGCAAUACAGCUUCUCCAGCGGCCGGCACCAGCAGGAGUUUUCUAUUCCUGAAUAUCGGUCGUCUCACUUGGAGUCAUCUCAGCUCAGAAGACGGCCUUCUUUGUUAUCAGAAUUUCACCCUGGUUCAGACAGGCCUCAAGACAGGAGGACGGGAUAUGAGCAACAAUACCAUUCCCUCCAGCAGAAUGACCAUGAGGGGCUGGAGUCCAAGCGGCCGCGGCUAGAUCCGAUUACUGAGUCCCACUAUAGAGUUAAUGCUGCUACUGUGAUGCCCUUGGUACCCACCAUCCAAGAGGGUCUUCGGUCACAGGGGGAUGUGAAAAAGGAACAGGGUUUAUCCAGCAAGCAUGAGGUAUCCACCUCCCCCAUGUCUGGGCAGCCUGGGGACGACCAGGAUGGCUCUCCUUCAAAACUUUCAAAGGAAGAAUUGAUUCAAAGCAUGGACCGCGUGGAUCGAGAGAUCGCAAAGGUGGAACAGCAGAUCUUGAAGCUGAAGAAAAAGCAGCAACAGCUUGAAGAAGAAGCAGCCAAACCUCCGGAGCCCGAGAAGCCCGUCUCCCCUCCACCUGUGGAGCAGAAGCAUCGCAGCAUCGUCCAAAUCAUCUAUGAUGAAAACCGGAAAAAAGCAGAAGAAGCCCAUAAGAUCCUGGAGGGCUUAGGUCCUAAAGUAGAGCUACCACUUUAUAACCAGCCCUCGGACACAAAGAUUUAUCAUGAGAACAUCAAAACAAAUCAGGUGAUGAGGAAGAAACUUAUUUUGUUUUUCAAGAGAAGAAAUCAUGCAAGAAAACAAAGAGAACAAAACAUUUGUCAGCGUUACGAUCAGCUGAUGGAGGCCUGGGAGAAAAAGGUGGACCGUAUAGAAAAUAACCCUCGACGGAAAGCGAAGGAGAGCAAAACCAGAGAGUAUUAUGAAAAGCAGUUUCCUGAAAUCCGGAAGCAGCGAGAGCAGCAGGAACGGUUUCAGAGGGUUGGGCAAAGGGGAGCUGGGCUUUCUGCGACUAUUGCAAGAAGUGAACAUGAGAUAUCUGAAAUUAUUGAUGGGCUGUCUGAGCAGGAGAACAAUGAAAAGCAAAUGCGCCAGCUCUCUGUCAUACCACCCAUGAUGUUUGAUGCUGAACAAAGAAGGGUGAAGUUUAUUAAUAUGAAUGGCUUGAUGGAGGAUCCCAUGAAAGUGUACAAAAACAGACAAUUUAUGAAUGUCUGGACUGACCACGAAAAGGAGAUUUUUAAAGAGAAAUUUGUUCAACAUCCAAAGAACUUUGGCCUAAUUGCUUCCUAUCUGGAAAGGAAGUGUGUUGCGGACUGUGUCUUGUAUUAUUAUUUGACUAAGAAAAAUGAAAACUAUAAAGCCCUUGUUCGAAGAAAUUAUGGCAAACGGAGAGGACGGAACCAGCAACAAAUUACACGCCCUUCCCAAGAAGAAAAAGAAGUCGAAAAAGUCGAAGAGGAGAAGUCUGACAAAAAUGAGAAGAAAGAUGAUGAACGGAGGGAUGAGGAUGAAAAAGAGGAUAAAGAGGAGUUUAGGGAGAGCACCAAAGACAAAAUGGAAGUCACAGCAGAAGAAAUGGAAGAGAGGGAGCAGUCCACACCUAGAGGUCGUAAAACUGCGAAUAGCCAAGGCCGGCGGAAAGGAAGAAUUACCAGAUCAAUGGCAAAUGAAGCUGCUGCGAAUGCUACACCUAACAGCACCACCACAACGAGCACCACCAGCUCAACACCUGCGUCCGCCACCCCGGCACCGGUAACAGUAGCACCUCCUCCAGAAGAACCACCGCCUCCACCACCCCCUUCACAACAGGAGUCAACUUCGGCAGAGACCGUGGAGACCUCCCGCUGGACCGAAGAAGAAAUGGAAGUUGCUAAAAAAGGCUUGGUGGAGCAUGGUCGCAACUGGGGGGCAAUUGCCAAGAUGGUGGGAACAAAAAGUGAAUCCCAGUGUAAAAAUUUCUACUUCAAUUACAAAAGACGCCACAAUCUGGACAACCUGCUCCAGGAGCACAAGCAGAAAUCAUCCCGGAGACCGCGAGAGGAGCGUGAUGUAUCGCAGUGCGAAAGCAUGGCUUCUACCGUGUCUGCACAGGAGGACGAGGAAAAUGAAGGGUCUAAUGAUGAGGAGAAUCCUGACGACAGUGAAGGUGCUGAAAACAGUUCAGACACUGAAAGUGCGCCAUCUCCUUCACCUGUCGAAGGAGCCAAACACCCUGAUGAUGUGCCAGAAAGAACCACUGCUAUAUUAAAGGCAGAUGCUUGUCAGAUUCAAGAGACUGUCAGCAAACCUGUCCCCAGUGCAUCCCCCGCCACUACAGCUCAUAAUGCAAAAAACACAGAAAUCCAGUACCCCGAUCUACAAGUGAAAGUGGAAAUAAACACUGAACCUGAAGAAGCAAUGGAACUGGAUGAGAGGUGCCAGACUUUGGAAAGUAAACCCACUCCUAAUCUCCACAUACAUACCAAAGCUGAACCCGUAGAGGUUGAAUCAAAGGUAGCAGAUAAUGGCCAAGUGAAAGUAGAGGAUGAUGCCAAAGACAGAGAUGUGGAAAGGCUUAAAGAGAAGAUUGAUGGUGUAGACAUGGAAUACGUAUCAGCCCAGCUCAAUACUCACACGAGACCUGAAUCACAGUCAGAUAAUGACUCCAGUGCAACAUGUAGUGCUGACGAGGAGGUAGAUGGGGAACCUGACAGGCAAAGAAGUUAUUCAAUUGAAUCAAAACCUUCUUUGUUGAAUCCUGCUGGAACUGUUCUAAUCCCCCCUACCAUGAAACAAGGACCAAUGGAUCUCCAGCAGUUACACCAUCGUGCUGCUGUCAUACCACCUAUGGUGUCUUGUAGUCCAUGUAAUAUACCCCCUGGAACAACUGUCCCAGCAAGCAGCUAUUCCUUAUACCAGCGGCAUCUUCAAUCUCUACAUGAAAACACUUUGCUAGAGGAGCAGAGGCUUAGACAGGAACAGCUUAAUUUGGAUAUCAGGAGAUCGGCCAGUCCAGGAAACAGGUCCAAGAGUCCAAAUGUCGAAUGGGAAGGGAAAUCUGUCUAUAUGCCGUAUGCUGCAGAAGUUAAGCGUGCACUGGAGCAUGAAGCACAAAUGCAAAACGCUGCAAGAUCUGUUUCACCGUACCGGCUGUCUCCGAGAGAUGUCAGCAAAGCCUCCUCUCAAGUGGAUAUGAAUCCUGUUCGCUACUGCGUCCCUCCAGUCCUACUGCCUGCUCCACAUCAGGUUAUAACGUCUCUAUCCGAAGGAUCUCGCCUCGCUGUGACGCGCCCAACCCGUCCACCACCCCCACUUAUUCCAUCAGCAAAAACAUCAGCAAACCCCUCUGACAAGCCAUCGUUCAUUGUAGGGGGUUCUAUAUCACAGGGAACGCCUGGAACAUAUUUAACUUCUCUCAGCCAGCAGCCCUACAGCCAAGAGCCAGUGAAGUCCUCUGUGGGCUCCAUCGGACUGCCGAGGCAACAGGAAUCUACUAAAGCUGGGUCUGUGACUUACAUUAAACAGGAGGAGUUUUCUCCCAGAGGUCAGAGUUCCCAACCAGAGGGUCUCCUGGUCAGGGCACAGCAUGAAGGUGUUGUCAGAGGUACUAUAUCUGCACUUCAGGAGGGGAGCAUCACUAGAGGCACCCCAGCGGCCAAACUUCCCAUGGAAACCAUUUCCACCCUGCGAGGAUCCAUUACUCAGGGUACACCAGCUCUGUCACAGUCUGGUAUUGCUGCUGACGUCUUGCUAAAGACAACCAUCACCAGAUUGGCAACAGAAGACAUCAACAGUCCAGAGAAAUGCAGAGAAGAAUCAUCUGCUAAAGGCCACGUGAUCUAUGAAGGAAAGAGUGGGCACAUCGUAUCGUAUGACACUGCCAUGAAGAAUAUCCGUGAUGGCACAAGGAGUCCAAGGACAGUUUCAGAGGCAACGCUAAAGAGAACAUAUGAUGCAAUGGAAGGAAACAUAAAGCAGAACAUUUCUGUAAGGGAAUCUCCUAUAUCAACACCUAUGGAAGGACUGAUAUGUCGUACGUUACCAAAGGGAAGCACACAUGCAGAGCUCAAAGACAGGGCGCUCUUGACUGGGUCAAUCAUGCAAGGUACCCCUAGGGCAACAGCUGAAAACUUUGAGGAAGGUCUUAAGUAUGCAAAGCAAAUAAAACGCGAAAGUCCUUCUAUUAGGCCUUAUGAAGGAGCCAUCACCAAGGGCAAACCUUAUGAAGGAGUCACCACAAUCAAAGAGAUGGGCCGGUCCAUUCAUGAAAUCCCUAGACAAGAUCUCAUCGGUCAGGAACAUAGAAAAACUCCUGAAAGUUCAAGAACGAUAAUGGAAGGUUCCAUAUCACAGGGCACACCAAUAAAAUAUGAGAGCACUUCUGGUCAGUCUGCUAUUAAACACAAUGUGAAGUCAUUGAUAACAGGUCCUAGCAAUCUUUCUCGGGGCGUAUCUCAGAUGGACAUUAUGCCAGAGAAUUUAAAGGUGGUGGAACGCUCAAAAUACGAAGACCCUAAGUCAUCAGAUUCCAUCCGGUCACGUCACACGUCCGUUGUGAGCUCAGGCACAUCUGUGCUCAGAUCCACUCUCCACGAGUCUUCAAAAUCUCAGCUGAGCCCUGGGAUUUAUGAGGAUUCCAAUGCAAGAAGGACACCUGUCAACUACCCUAGUCCAAUGUCCAGAAGUUCACCAAUGGCACGUUCUACAGAAGGUGGGCAUACUCCAGGGAAGUCUUCCAGUCAUGAAAGAAAAAGCACUUUGACACCCACUCAAAGAGAGAGUAUUGUAGUGAAGUCCCCAGUCCCAGGUGUGGACCCUUCAGCAGCACACAGUCCUUUUGACCCUCACCUCCGAGGUGGAACACCUGGUGAAGUUUACAGAGCCCACCUGCCACCACAUCUGGAUCCUGCUUUACAGUUCCACAGGGCCUUGGAUCCAGCUGCAGCAGCUUACUUGUUCCAAAGGCAGCUGUCACCCACUCCUGGUUAUCCAAGCCAGUACCAGUUGUAUGCUAUGGAGAACACGCGCCAGACCAUCUUAAAUGACUACAUCACUUCCCAGCAAAUGCAGGUUAAUUUGAGACCAGACAUUGGCAGAGGACUUUCACCCCGAGACCAGGGACUAACAAUUCCGUACCCAGGACCAAGAGGUAUUAUCGACCUAACAAACAUGCCUCCAACAAUCCUGGUCCCUCAUCCUGGAGGAACAAGCACUCCACCAAUGGACAGAAUCACAUACUUACCUGGAACGCAACUUGCUUUCCCUCCCAGGCCUUACAAUCCAGCUUCCUUGUCUCCAGCAGCUGCAAGCUCUGCCAACGCUGAGCGGGAGAGGGAACGUGAAAGAGAACGGGAACGGGAGCGGGAGCGAGAGAGAGAGAAGGAGCAGCGGGAAAGAGAUCGGGAACGCGAGAAGGAUCGUGAAAGAGAGCGAGAAAGACAUGCAGCAGCUGUAGCUGCGCAGAAUGAACAUUACCUGCGUCCUGUGACAGAUCAGCCUGGCAGGCCGAGUAGCCAUGGCUAUGUGCGUUCCCCCUCACCCUCGGUCAGAGGACAGGAGAGCAUAAUACAGCAGCGUCCCAGCAUAUUCCAAGGAACAAAUGGCAAAAGCGUCAUUACGCAGCUGGAUCCUUCUCAGCUGCGGUCUAUUUCUCACACUUCGGGAACACCCUCCAUUACCCAGGGAACACAGAACUCCCAUUACAACACGGCUGCCGAUGCACUUGCAGCCCUGGUGGAUGCGGCUGCUUCUGCUCCACAGAUGGAGGUUGCCAAGCCAAAAGAGAGCAAACACGAGUCCAUGAGGUCCCAAGAGAACAUGGUCAGACGCGCAGCACUGGAACAACAGCAGCAGCAGCAGCAGCAGCAAAUGGAGUCUGAGCGGAGGAUGGUGCAAAGCCCCUAUACUUCCAGCUUUUCCAGCAGCAAGCCACAGAGCCAAGCUUCCCCGGCUGUUUAUUCUGAAGCAGGCAAAGACAAACCUGCUCACACCAAAUUACGAUAUGUGGAGGAAUUAAUGACAAGAGGAAAGACUACUAUCACAGCAGCCAAUUUUAUUGAUGUGAUCAUCACUCAACAGAUUGCCUCUGAUAAAGAUGCUCGAGAGAGAAGUACACAGAGCUCCGAUUCAGCCAGCAGCUUGUCUUCCCAUCGCUAUGAAGCUCCAAGAGACACAAUAGAGGUGAUCAGCCCAGCAAACUCACCUGUGCCGGUUAAGGAAAAAGAAUCCUAUCCCCAGGAGAUUCCUAAAUCAAGCCAGCCUGAAAGUGAAAGUUCACGACAAUAUGAAGGACAAGCUGGCCGGUACCGAACGCAGCAAGAGUCCCCAUCUCCACAGCAGCCGGCACAUGUUCCCCAAACUCACAGGCUGAUUACACUAGCUGAUCACAUCUGUCAUAUUAUCACUCAAGACUUUGCUAGAAAUCAGUCUGCAACUCAGACGUCACAGCAGCCGCCCACAUCGACAUUCCAGAACAGUGCCCCCUCACCCGCUCCCGUCCGAUCCAAGCCAUCCAACAGAUUCAGCCCCGAAACGCAGGUCCAGUCUGUGCACCAUCAGCGACCUGCCUCAAGGGUGUCACCCGAAAGCAUACCUGAAAAGCCCAGGGGAAGGCCUGGAAAAUCCCCAGAUAGAGGGCAUGUCACCGAGCCAUAUGAGCCCAUAUCACCCCCACAAGCCCCGAUUAUACAUUCAAAGCAAGACAAUAUGUUAUUACUGUCCCAAAGACCAGAACCUGCUGAGCAGAGGACUGACUCGCGCUCUCCUGGAAAUAUCAAUUACCUCCCUGCCUUCUUCACCAAAUUGGAAAACACCUCACCAAUGGUGAUGUUUAAGAAGCAAGAGAUUUUUCGUAAGUUAAACUCUUCUGGUGGCGGUGACUCUGACAUGGCAGCUGCUCAGCCAGGAACAGAGAUAUUUAACCUGCCGGCGGUCACUACUUCGGGUACCAUCAGUUCCCGUGGGCAUUCCUUUGCAGAUCCAGCCAGUAAUCUGGGUUUGGAGGACAUUAUUCGCAAAGCUCUAAUGGGCAAUUUUGAUGAAAAACCAGAGGAUCCCGGCGUGCUGAUGGGAGUAGCCCAAGGGAAUGCCGCUGCGUCAUCAAACAGUGAAGCGCGCAGGGAAGAUGCAAACCCUUCACCUAACUCAGGCGGAGGAACCACCAAGCAUAAGCUGAUAAGCAAAUCUGGCAGCCGCAAAACGAAGUCCCCCAUUUCUGGCAGUCAGGCGUAUAUGGGGGCUGAACGGCCCUCUUCAGUAUCAUCGGUUCACUCAGAAGGAGAUUACAGGCAGGCUCCAGCGUGGGCCUGGGAAGAUCGACCUUCUUCCACAGGAUCCACCCAAUUCCCAUACAAUCCCUUGACUAUGGGAAUGAUGAGCAGCACACCACCAUCUUCUAUGUCAUGCGCACCACCUUCUAUGACACAAAGUUCUGCCCACCAGCAGAGCCGCAUGUGGGAACGCGAGCCAGCACCUCUCCUCUCCUCUCAGUAUGAAACCCUCUCAGACAGUGAUGACUGAACGAGUUUGGACCUUGCAGAGGAUAUAUGAUGGUGCAUAUGUAAGGGUUUCAGCAGUAUGCUCUUACCCUGAGAGACUUUUCAUGAAGCAGCCCAGGAUGAGAGAGAGACAAGACACCCUCCAACACCUGGAUUUAAGUGUGCUGUGAACAUUUUAAAGGAAUCCUGACCUGUUCUCAGCAGAAUGUAAUUAAUAAAGAACUUAUGUUAUACAUUAAAUAUGUAAAGAAAUUUUAAAGAGAUACAUGGACUGUCUGACAAAUUCCCAAUUUACAGCUAUUUGUAAAGAAAACCCAUAAUAUCUUUAAAAUCAUUCUUUUUGUAAAUAUUUGCAGUGUUUUUUCCCUUUUUUGCUGUAGUACCUGGUGUAUGUAUGUUUCAAAACAAUGCCUUGGCACACGAGGAACAGUUUUGUAUUUUAUUUUUCUUGUUUUAAACAAUCUUUUUUUCCAAGUGUUUAAAUGAACCCAAGCUUGCUUCCUUUACCAUUUGAGGGACAGAGGGGGGUUGAAAUAGUUACCUCUCUGACUUAACCCUUCUGAUACCAGAGGAGUGAUUAAUACUGUGCAAAGCAAUGUGUUACUCCUCCCUCUGGCAGCGGAGGGGAUAAUGGCAGAAAUCCGCUCCUGUUUUAACCGCACCUUAUGGCAACUGGUCUUGUUAAGAUUUAAGACCACCCAGCCAUCAUUUGUUUUACUUUUCACUGGACUCUUUCUUAAAUAUCUGUAUUUUUAUGUUGGUUUUAAAUUUAUUUGGUGAAAAGCAUAGAACACACCUACCAAUUUAACACCCAUACCUUCUUGAGACAUUGCCUCUGUUCCUAACAGGUUUAUAAUAUUCCUUUUAUCAGAUCUACCAUAUGAACGAAGCUUUUCUGCACUAGCAAUGUCCAUUGCACACUCGUGUCUGUGAAUUUUAGGUUCUGGGUGUUAUUGGGUUUUGUUUCCCUCCUCUGCAGGAAUAUAUUCCUCAGGGAAAUGAAUAGAUAUAUGUGUAUAGGCAGGAUUGACACCAAUUAAACACUGGCAGGUUGGUUCCUUAGAUGCUUUUUUUUCCCUCACAGCUUCAUUAAAUUCUAUACAUGAAUUGUAAUAAAAUUGGUUUCCUGCAGAA